GGUGGGCGUCGAUUGGAAGAAGCCCAAACUUGCUGAACCCAACCCAAUUUCCCAAAUACAGAAGACUUAACCGGGCGUUGGCGGGUGAAGUCGAAGAGGAAGUCACCCUCUCACUGGUCUCAGCACAAGCUCCUUCCCCCCAACAUGGGAGACUCCUCCAACGGAUCAUCCUUCUCCGGCGACAAGUCGGCGAAGAUCUUCGUCGCCGGCCACCGGGGCCUGGUCGGCUCGGCCAUCGUGCGGAAGCUCCGCCACCUGGGCUUUACCAACCUCGUCCUGCGCACCCACGCCGAGCUCGACCUGACACGCCAGAGCGACGUGGACGCCUUCUUUGCCGCCGAGAAGCCCCGGUUCGUGAUCCUCGCCGCGGCCAAGGUCGGCGGCAUCCACGCUAACAGCACCUACCCCGCCGACUUCAUCGCCGUGAACCUCCAGAUCCAGACCAACGUCAUUGACUCCUCCCACCGCCACGGCGUCCACAAGCUCCUCUUCCUCGGCUCCUCCUGCAUCUACCCCAAAUUCGCACCCCAACCCAUCCCGGAAGAAGCACUCCUCACCGCUCCCUUGGAGCCCACCAACGAAUGGUACGCCGUGGCCAAGAUCGCCGGGAUCAAGAUGUGCGAAGCCUAUAGAAUUCAAUUUGGAUUCGACGCGAUUUCGGGGAUGCCCACGAACUUAUACGGCCCGAAUGACAAUUUCCACCCCGAAAACUCGCACGUGUUGCCGGCGCUGAUGCGGAGGUUUCACGAGGCGAAGGUGAACAAUGCGAAGGAGGUGGUGGUGUGGGGGACUGGGAGUCCGCUGAGGGAGUUCUUGCAUGUGGACGAUUUGGCCGACGCGGUGGCGUUUUUGAUGGAGAGGUAUAGUGGGUUGGGGCACGUGAAUGUGGGGAGUGGGAAGGAGGUGAGCAUUAAGGAAUUGGCUGAGAUGGUGAAGGAAGUGGUGGGGUUUCAGGGAGAGCUUGUCUGGGAUUCGUCCAAGCCCGACGGGACUCCUCGGAAGCUCAUGGAUAGCUCGAAGCUUGCUGGGUUGGGUUGGACGCCCAAGAUUCCACUCAGGGAUGGUCUCGUUGAUACCUACAAGUGGUACUUGGAGAAUGUCAAGCAAUGAGUUCAGUGAGCGGAGGGUGAAGCCGUAUGUUCAAUUCUGGAUUGUUGCAGGAGUUGUAUUCAUAUGUAGAAAAUGGAUUUGCAUGAAUUGUUGCGGUGGUAUGGUAAUACUCUUCGUAAUAUCUUUGUCAAUUGUCUGAGAUUGGGUGCAGAUGUUAUUGUUCUAAAAAGUUUUGGAUCUAGCAGAACAUGGUAGAGGUGUUGGCCAUAGUUGUGGCUGGCGUGGAAGAAAUCUGGGUUCUUUUCAUAAUCUGGUGGUAAAUCAACGACAUUCAAAAAAUGUUGUGUUAUGUAUGACUCACUUGUUAUGAUUGAGGAGUAUCAUGAUCUUUGUUUUACACGAGUUUCAGGCUUCACCCCUGUAUCUGCCACUUUUGCCAUGUUUUACUUAAAUCAACCAGCUCACAAGCCCUAGAACAGAUUGCCAAUUGCUCUUCUUGAUUUGUACCUUAAAUUGCCCUAUUUGCAAUGCCACCCUUUGUUAUAUUCUCUUAUGGCAACUCUUCUGCUACUUUGUGAUGCACUACGUGAAAUUUAAGUGAUAACUUUCUUUA